AUGUCCGACUACCCGGAGCCACCAUCGCACAUGGCCAUGCAUUCCCAACGGGAUGAUUCCCCGGUAAUCGGGCCGAGUUCUCCAUGGGGUCACAUCCUACUGCCACCUCCACCGAACCUGAAGAUCAUCACGUGGAUCUCAAACGGUCUCGGGCUUCGAUGCGCCAAGGCGCGUCGCACAUGUAUUGUGACGGCGCCGACUCGAAAACGCCAGAAAAAGACGGAUAGCCGGGUCACGGAGCUCGAGCGCAAGAUUGAUGCCCUGACUGCGACACUACAGCAAUCACAUAAUAAUGCAUUCGCCAUGGCACCCCCGGUGCAACAGUCCCGAUCUCCUCGGGAAGAGCCUGUCCCAGGGCGAUGGCUCUCGGGAGAAUUCCACGUGGCGGGCAAUAAGCGCAGCCACGAUGAGCUCUUGGCGUCGCAGUAUAUCCGUUCUGAUAGUCCAUCUACAGAGCAAAUACACAAGCCUUCGGCCUCUAAAUGGCGUGUUGACAAGGGACUCAUUGAUAUUCAAACGGCCAAUCUUGCCUUCGAUUACUACGUCAAUAAACUCGCAGUAGAGAUGCCCAUGGUGGUCUUUCGUCCUGGAACAACAAUGGAAGAUGUGCGCCGCGACAGACCUAUUUUGUUCCUGGCGAUCAUUGCUACUGCGGUUGGCAAAUUCAACAAAGAUGCCCAGCUCCCACUCUUGACUGAGACUUACAAAGUGAUGGCGGAUCGCGUCAUUGUCAAGGGUGAGAAGUCUCUCGAACUAAUCCAGGCAAUCUUGGUCUCCGCAAUCUGGUACAUGCCACCGGACAAUCUUGAGGAACUCAAAUUUUAUCAGCUCAUCCACCUAGCCGUGGUCUUAGCUAUGGACAUUGGCCUAAAUCGUCGGACUCAGGGUGAUCUUAAACCCUUCGUGCGUCUCAGAGAACUUCUAAUCAAGAAGCCCCAGGGUCCGAAUGUCGAUCUUAGUGGACCUGAGGCGAGACGAACCUGGGUGGGGUGUUAUUUCCUGGCCGUUCAGGUGACCACCGCUUUGAGGAGAACCCAUCUGGUCAGGUGGCAUCCAUAUAUGGACGAUUGUCUUCAUAUUUUGGAAAACCACCCCGACGCCUUGCCAUCGGACCGGCAAGUUAUCUGGUGGGCCAAACUUGGGUUCAUCAUGGAGGAGGCAGGAGUGCAGCUAUCGAGCGAUGAUCCUGACUCCACGACCUCCUUCUCAGACAGCAAAACAAGAUACACAAUCAAGGCUUUCAAUAAUCAGCUGACACAAUGGAAGAAGGACAUCCCAGUGGAGCUGUUCACCAUCCCUCUGGCACAUACGUACUAUGUUAUCAAUCUUUUUGUCCACGAAAGUGCCAUGAGUAUCGACUGCAAGGACAGUGUCAUUUCCAAUUCCCCGGAGAAUGGUGACUUGCCUGCCUCGGCUAUGGCCCCGCUUAUCGAUGCUCUCACUACAUGCAUCAAAUCAAUCCAUCAAAGCUUGGACGCCAUACUUUCAGUCGACCCGCAGCGCCUCAUUUGUCUGCCGACUGUAUCUUUGGCCCGAACAUCGUACCCGGUUGUCAGCUUGAUUAAGAUUUACUCACUCUUGACCGCGAGUGAAACGCGGAUUGGACAAGUCAUCGACAUGCAAAGCCUGAAGCUCGAAUGGUACCUUGAAAAAGUUAUCAACCAUUAUCGCGCUGCUGCCGCUCUUGACGGCGGCCGGGCCCCAGCCAAAUUCGGAAAUAUCAUCAUGAUGCUGCGAAACUGGUUUGUCAAGAAGAAGGAGAACGGACCGGCACUGCGCGAGAUCUUCGGAACCGAGAUGCGCUCGGACACACCAAGCGAUAAGCCAACACCGCAGCAAACCCAGUUGAAACAAGGCGCAACACCCCUCGAUCUUCUCAGCGAAGUUGCAACAGGGAACCGAUCCGGUCGAGCUCAAUUGAACGGCUCAUUCACGCAUCGUCCACCUUCCGGUCAGGGAUCAUUCUACUCACCAGCGACGCUGAAUCAGAACAUCUCAAAUUCAACGACACCAAGAGGCACCACCUACGGCCAAGCGGAAGUACCCACAACGUCCUGGUCAACACCGUCCUUCACAUCCUCCAUUACUGGGCCCACCGAUCCAAACAUCGGAAGCCACGCCUACUAUCAGCCCUUCACAACAGACCGCGGAACACCCAAUACAGCGCCGCCAAUGGUGGGCGGUCCUUACGCAGACGUGUCAGUCAACAUGCCCUCGACCAGAUGA